AUGGUCUAUCGACCUUGCAGCCACCUGUUGAAAGAAGAUUGGCCCCAGUACUUGGAGACGGUGCGGCUCCUCUUUGCUAGGGGGGGCCCAUGUCCAGUUCGAAUGAGGAUGCUCCUUUUUGGGGAUGAGGUCUCUGCUGGGCUGAGCAUUGACAAACUCCAGCUCGCCCUGUACGCUGGGCUCAGGGACAAGCUCAAGUCGGGGGCGAUGCUGCAGUUUUACCUUGAGCAGCGCGGACCUUGCCCGGCCUCAGAGGACACGUGCCUUCUUCGACGCCUGAUGCGCGAAUUCCCACGGGUGCACCUGGUGCCGGCAAAGCUGCAAUGCCUUGGGGUGGUGAAGCUGCUCCUGAACAUGAACACUCGCACUGCCAUCAACAGGGUGCUCGCGGAGAUCAGCUGCAUCUACCUACGAGGCACCUGCCCUGGUUGUUGGCCGACUACGCGCUGGCCUCGGCCACGGAGACCACAACGUCGGCCGCCUCUGCAUUGA